AUGCCAAAGCCAACAUCUGUCGUGGUUUCGGGAGGCAUCAGUGGUCAUGGCAUGGGUGACCUGCAUAUGUGUGAAGACAAUUACACUGUAAUUGGUCUUCGUGGAUAUCGUUUAGUGGCGGAAGAUGAACUGGGUGUGAAUGUGACCAACACUGCCGUGAGCGCUCUUGACAGUAAUCAGACCACAGUCUUCCUCCCUCUCGUUUACAUCUUCAUCUUCAUUGUGGGCUUGCCCACCAACGCCAUGGCCAUCUGGGUGUUCCUUUUCAGGACAAAGAAGAAGCAUCCAGGGUCCAUCCUAAUGGCCAAUCUAGCACUGGCUGACCUGCUUUUCAUUGUGUGGCUCCCACUGAAGAUCGCCUACCACUUCAACGGCAAUGACUGGAUCUUCGGGGAGCCACUGUGUAAAGUCCUAGUGGGGUUUUUCUAUGGGAAUAUGUACUGCUCCACUUUCUUCAUAGCAUGUAUCAGUGUCCAGCGCUACUGGAUGAUUGUCUACCCAUUUUCUCGGAAACCGAAUGCCCAUGUAACAGUCUGUAUAUGUGUUUGUGUGUGGAUUGUAGUUUGGGUCCUCACUGUACCACUCUACCUGUAUGACCAGACCGUUAAAAUCCUCAAUCUCAAUAUAAUAACCUGCCACGACGUCACUCGCUCUAACCAAACACUCUUUCCUGUUGGAUAUUUCUUAACCAUGGGCACUGUGGGAUAUGUAGUUCCCUGUAUGGUCUGUAUUGUGUCAUACCUGCUGACCUUUCUCUCCCUCAGGAGGUCCAUAAUUGGUGCCAGCAGCAAUGAGAGGAAAAAGAAGGCUAUAAUCCUCAUGGUAACUGUGCUGGUGAUGUUCCUGGUCUGCUUCACUCCCAGUAACGUCAUGCUGAUGGUGCAUUACUCUCUGCCGGGUGCAGAGCUUCAAGAUGAUUUCUAUGGUUUCUACGUCGUUGCUCUGGGUCUGGGCAGCCUGAACAGCUGCCUGGACCCAUUUGUUUAUUAUUAUAUCUCUCAGGAGUUUAGAAAACAGGUGAAAAACUCACUAAUGUGCUGUAAUGAAUGUACAACCAAAUGGAUGACGGUUUCUUCAAGGCCUAUGAAGAUCACAGGAGAAAUUCCAAUGUCUCCAACAAACACAACAACAUCUACGGUGGAACAUUCAAUUGAAGAUUCUCAAAACGCAGCACAAGAUUAA